AUGGUUUAUACAAUUGUCGUCCUAAAAGACCUCCGCGCCAAGCCAGACGAAGAGUCCAUUUCCAAGCUCAAGGCCAAGCUUGUUGAAGCCUCCAAUGUUUACUCGAAUGACAAGGAAACCCUCUCUUGGUUCGUGAUGCAGUCUGUGUUCGACAAGCAAGAUUUCACAAUUGUCGAGCGUUACGCCCAGGAAUCGUCGCAGGAGUACCACCUCAACAACCCUUAUUGGAAGACUUUUGACCCUUACGUGAUUCCCUUGUUGGAGAAAGAUAUGGAUAUGCACCGGUUGGAGGAGUUAGAGGGCUCUACCAUGUAA